UUUCCAGACAAGCACAUUACUCCUGUUCCUGACCACGACGCCAAACUUUUCGAAUACGCAGAGGCAGGCCACGCAAAGGCGAAACUUCUCCGCGAUGAAGACGACUACCUUGCCUUACGCAGCUACUCUUCUCCUGUUACUCGUAUGGAGGCCGGAGACGGUAAGCUCGAUGAGGUGAUCCUAUUUGGUCUGUACGAGUAUGAGCACCGAGGCAACUCCUUCAGAAUAUUCUGUGCCCAAUGGUACACACAGUAUUCUUAUGGAACCAUGGAAAAGAUGAACUUCAUUCUCACGCCGAAGAGCGACGUGGACGCCCAGUCUCACUCUGAUAUUGCCGACCAACUGAUCAUAUCGGCUGGAAAGUGGACCGCUCAGCUUCACGAUGAAGUUUAUGUCUUUGACCAAAGUCAAUGGUCAAAGGACAAGGCACUGUGGGCUGCAGUCCAGACCUCAUCGUGGGACGAUGUGAUACUUGACCCAGACAUGAAAGCCAACAUCAUCAGGGAUGUCACGGCGUUCUUCGACAGUCGUGCCGUUUACGAAGAGUACAAUGUGCCCUGGAAGCGUGGUCUCAUCCUACACGGCACACCUGGAUGUGGUAAAACCAUUACCAUCAAAGCUUUGAUGAAAUCUCUUCAAAGUAGAAACGUCGUGUCUCUUUACGUCAAGACCCUGAAAGGCUGUUCAGGAGAGCAGUCUUCGAUCCGUCAGAUUUUUGCCAAAGCUCGGAUCAUGGCACCGUGCAUGCUCAUCUUCGAAGAUCUGGAUUCUAUGAUCAACGACAAGGUCCGAAGUUACUUUUUGAACGAGGUCGAUGGUGUUCAACAGAAUGACGGAAUACUCAUGAUCGGAAGCUCCAACCAUCUGGAUAGGCUUGAUCCUGCCAUCAGCAAGCGUCCAAGUCGCUUUGAUCGCAAAUAUCAUUAUCCAUUGCCCAGCGAGGCGUCACGGAUUGCAUAUUGCAACUAUUGGCGCCAGAAAUUGGAGAAGAACGGCCACAACGAAUUUCAUGACGAUAUCGCCAGCGUUCUUGCCCAACUCACUGAAGGAUUUAGCUUCGCUUAUCUCAAGGAGCUUUUCGUACAGACUCUGCUCGCCAUCGUUGGUGGUCUCGCGGACAGAGAUGAUGAUAAUGAAGAUGAAGACUGUGACCAUUUCUCCGGAGCUGCGAAGGACUCUGAGCCAUUAGAGGCUCAUAGAACUGCUGCAGUUGAGGAUCCUCCAUACGAGACAAAAGAAAAUGCUCGUUCCAGAGAGAUUACAUCUGCCAGACAGAUGCCCGAGGUGAUUAUACCAAAACACCUUCAGAAGAAUACUUUGAUGCGAGUAUUGCAUAAGCAAGCUAAGGUCUUGUGGCGAGAAAUGGACAACACUACCGACUAG